CCCUCUCACGGAUUCUCUGCAGUGCAAACGAGUCCUCUAAAUCCAACGGAGCAAGUUCUGAAGUCACGGGAGGGGAUAUUUCAGUUUAGACGUUUAAUGAAAGGGCGUAUGGUUACUAAACUUCCGCUCGUGUUGUUUUGAGUAAAAUGAUUUGUUCUUAACGUUUAUUCAGAUGAAUCGCUAUUCAUGCUUGGUUUAAAUCCAGCGGUGAAUAAAGAAAAUUGAACACCCGCGUAUCUCACAAAAGCUGUUAAGAGCAUGCUUACAGUAACCUUCAGACACACAUAUACCCAUUGUUUGGAGCAGAAGUAUUCGGGGUGGAACACAGCAGUUACGGUACUUCCUGAGACUGAGUUGACUUACUAGCCAAAGCACCAUCAGAAAGCUGAUAAAAGAAUGGGCUAAAAAAAAGAAAGGAUGGAAAGCCAUACACCGUACUCGAUGUGUAUACCAUGUCUCGAGGCGGGUCAUUCCAGCUCAUGCAGACUUUAAGGAAAUCUCCAGCUGUUUUCUGCCGCCGUUUCCGCCAGGACCGUGCUCAGACCCUCUCACAUGGUGAUCCACUUUUCAAGGUGCACUACCUUGGUACGGAAAAGAUAUAUUCCCUGGAUGUAGAGCAGGCUGAGGAGGCCAUAUGCCGCUUACUGGAGAAAUCACCAGACAUGGCUACCCUAGGCAAGCUUGGCAAGGAGCAUGCUCUUGUUGUCCGACCUCGCUACAUAGAGGUGAAGGAGAUCAGCACGGGCAGACAGCUCACUAAAACCUAUCUGAAAGAUAUUGCAUAUUGCACAGCUGACACAAGCAAGCCCAAUCUUUUCCUCUACAUCUGUAAGCAGCGAGGCCAGCAGCUACAGUGUAGAGUGUUCUGGUGUAGCAGACCUGACCGAGCAAAAGAUAUGACUGCCUGCUUAGCCACAUCUUUCCAGAAUGCUCUGAACGACUUGCAAAAGGAGGAGACCAGUCAUGUUACAGGAGAAAAAAGUGAAAAGGAGGGAAAGCCAAUUGCAGUGAUGGGGAAAAAGCAAAAGCUCCGCAUUACCAGCAGACUUGAGAAAAAGUCGGUGACAGAGCCCUUUGAGAGUGCUGAUGAGGAGAACCAGUAUCAGUAAUAUAUGAUAUGACUGCCACAAUUUAUAUAUAUAUAUAUAUAUAUAUAUAUAUAUAUAUAUAUAUAUAUAUAUAUAUAUAUUUACAGUUGUCAUAUAUAUACAGUACUAUGCAAAAGUCUUUGUAUUUUCACCAACAUAAAAUGGUUUUAAGACAGUUACUUCUAUCUUUUGCUUUAGUGUGUCAGUAGGAGAUAUCAGUUUACAUUUCCAAGCAUUUCUUUUGCCAUUAAUUGUAAUAAUCCAGUCAGACAGUGCUCCACACAGAGAUCUCCACAGACCAUCAUCCAGUCUGUCUGGAAUAUUUUGAAGACACAGAAAAAACUUAAAACAGACUAAAUCCAGAAGUACCAUGACAAUGUCUCCAAGAUACCUGAAGAAACCUACCUGCAAAGCUAUAGUACUUUGAAAAGUUUUAGGCACUUGUGUAAAAAUGCUAUAAAGUGAGGAUGCUUUCAAAAAUAAUGUCAUGAACUAAAUCAAAUCAGUAUUUCAUAAGACCACUUUUGUGUUUAAAAGCUUUUGUCCUUGGUACACUUGCACAUAGUUUGCAUGAGAUCAGAUCUCAGUGUGGAACACUGGCUGUUAUCAGACUUCUUGUGCAUACAAAAAUCUCAAUGGAUUAUUACAAUUAAUGGCAAAAGGAAAGUUUGGAAAUGAAAACUGAUAUUUUCUACUGGCCCACUAAAGCAAAAUAUAGAAAUAACUGACUUAUAAACAUUUUUGUUGGUGAAAAUACGAAUAGCCUAAGACUUUUGCACAGUACUGCAAAUAUAUUUUUUCAAAACAGAUUUCAUUGGACCAGUUUUUAUGAAAAGUGAAUGGAUGUUGAUUCACCAACAAAUAGUCCAUAGCUGCCUCAUAUAAAGGCAUAUAUCAAUAAGUGUGAGAGUAAAUGGGAGCAGCUUUAUGUUCAGACAACCAUGCAGUGUUACAAUGAGACAGUGUUACAUCAUUGUUGCCAGUGUUUAUCAGGGGGUUUCCUGUACCUAGAAUCUGUUGAAUCAGGAAAAAGUCAAACAUUACAACAUACGCUUUCAAAGAAAACCAGUUUUGCUCUUUUUACCCAGUACACCAUUGCAGCUCUUUGCUGAAUUCUCCUAAAUGCUUUAUACUUAUCCAUGUUAAAAUAUAUUUGGUCAAAAUAUUUUCCUGCUUAUGUCUCCAAGUUAUUCAUCUUUAUUCUUAUAAUAGCAUUUUUCUAAAAUAAAACCCAAUUUCACUAUUGAACUUGUUUGUUAGGUUAUAAGAGUUACUUACCUUUCAUUAAGCUCCACCCCACUUGGGUAUUGUUGCUAGGUCUGGCAAGCUGUUCAUGCAGUGCAUGAUGCAACUGAUAACAGUAACUGAACUAGCACUGCAGGAGUCUCAUCCAACACUAACUGACAUUGGUUACUGACAUUUUGACAUUCAAGGUUUUGUUUUCUUCAGUUUGCUUUAAGACAGCAUGUUCAGCACUAACCUGUUAUACCUGAUCUUACCCGAACCGUUUUAUUUUUUAUUUCAUUUUUUUAUUCAAGCAGAAAUUAAAAUGUCCUUUACCAUCUUAUAAAUAGGAGAUUUAACUCAUUUAACACAGGCUUUGCAUCUUCAAAUCAUUUUGUUAAGUAUUCUAAUCACUAGGUGUGACAUUCUGAAAAGGUUUUUUACCUAAUUUGGUUCUUACAUUUGACGAAUGAAAAAAAUAAGCCCCAACAAUUUUUUGUUGAGUAAAAGAAAAAAUAUAUGGCAAUAAACCCACAAUAGACUUAUAGAUGAACAAAUACCAAUGAUUGCAUGUAAGUCUAUGUGUCAAUAAUGAGGACUAACGUGUACAAAUUGUACUGUUCAUGUACAAAUUAUAUUUGCCGACAAUGAUGAGCUGUAAAUUUGUUUGCAUCCAAAAGAUAGGUGGGUGCUAACUUAUACAGAACAUCUCCAUAGUCAAGAACUGACAGAAAGGUAUAUAAGAAAGGUGGAAAAAAGUGAUUUAUGUGACUUCCAAAGUGGCAUGGUUGUUGGUGCCAGACGGGCUGGACUCAGUAUUUCAGAAACUGCUGAUCUACUGGCAUUUUUACACACAACUCUCUUCUCUAGGGUCAACGGGUCCAAAAAAUACAAAAAUAUCCAUUGAGCGGCAGUUCUAUGGGCGAAAUGCCUUGUUGCUGCCAGAGGUCAGAGGAAAAUGGUCAGACUGGUUCUAGCUGAUAGAAGGGCAACAGUAACUCAAAUAACCACUCGUUACAACCGUGGGAUGCAGAAGAGCAAAUGGCCUCCUCAGUCACCAGAUCUCAAUCCAAUAGAGCACAUUUAGGAUGUGGUGGAAUGGGAGACUCGCACCAUGUAUGUGCAGGCGACAAAUUUGCAGGAACUAGGUUGUGCUGUCAUACCAAAAUGGUCAAUAUGCAUUAAGAGCCGGGGGUGAAAACUUUUUCAAUUUGAAGCUCAGCGUAAAUUGAAUUUUGUCUUAUCUAAUUAUACUAUAUGAAAAAAUAUUAUAUUUAAACAAAAUAAGAAAAAUUUACAUGUCUUCAUCCUCUUCAGAAGUUUUCACCCCAGUUCUUAAUGCAUAGUGUUUCCUUCUGGAGCAUCAGUGAAUGUUUGAAUUGUUGCAUAUGAGGAUAAAGAUGUCAAAAUAUA